AAUAAACUAUAUGUUGAAUAUGAAUUUGAAUGAUAGUGUGCUAUCAAGCCAAAUUCCUAAAUAUUUGCAUGACUCAGAGUAAUAGGAGCCAUUUAAAGUUUUAAUGGAAAGUUAGAGUCACUGUUGGAGGUGGAGAAAACCACAGACCUGGACUUUUCUUUAAAACCAGUUUGUAACUAAGGAGUGAUAUUUGAAAAGAAUCAAAAGAAGAAGAUGGAUCAGGGUCUGGGGUGGACCUGGAACACAUAAAAAUUGUUACUGAUGACAAAAAAUUGUGCCAUCAGCUAAAAAAAAUGGUCAGUAAAGUAAGUAUUAAGUAUUAUGUCUUUUGUGUAUAGUAACUAAACAGCAGUGGACCAAGGAGGAUAGACUCCUGUGGUAACCCGAAAUGAUUUUUCAUUGUAUUUGCAAUUGUUAAUCCAUGCAGACCUUCUGUCUGCUCACUGAGCUUGCUUUUAGUGCUCCCAAAGAAGUGAUCAGGGCAAACAUGAUUCCUCUGUGUGGACAGGAUGCUGCCUUACACUUCCUGCAUUCAAAGAGAGUGGCAUACCUUUCCAGAUAGUGGCUGCCAUUGACAUAAACACCACAGCCAAUCAAAUCUACAGACACAAUUUUCCUGACACCCCCCUCUGGAACAAGACCAUUGAGGGCAUAACAUUAGAUGAAUUAAAUAAAUUAUCUUUUGACAUGAUUUUGAUGAGCCCUCCUUGCCAGCCUUUCACCAGGAUAGGACUGAAGGGUGACGUUGCUGACCCCAGAACCAAGAGCUUCCUCUACAUCCUUGAUCUUCUUCCAAGGUUGUGCAGGCUGCCUCACUUCAUCUUGAUGGAGAAUGUAAAAGGCUUUGAGUGCUCCACUGCCAGGGAACAUUUUGUGAAGACACUGACGGAAUGUGGAUACAGUUUUCAGGAGAUCAUGGUCUCACCCACAAGUGUUGGGAUCCCAAAUUCACGACUGCGUUAUUACUUGAUUGCUAAGUUCUCAACAAAAAAGAUUUUAGAUGCCUUUCCACAUCCUGCUGAGAGUAAUCCCCCUGAGAAGUCUACAGUCUUGACUCCUCCCUGCCCUGGUACCUGUCAGCCACAAGAGAACAUGGAGGGGGUUCAUGUCCUUUAUAAACUGGAAACAACAAUGGAUCUCCAGAGGAAGAUGAAUCAGAACAAUGAUAUCUGUGUCAGGCAGAUCCAAGACUUCUUGGAGCCACAGAUGGAAGUAAACAUGGAAGACUAUCUUGUUCCUCCUAAAACAUUGCUGCGAUAUGCUCUGAUCUUGGACAUUGUUCAGCCCACAUGCAGGCGGUCUGUCUGCUUUACCAAAGGCUAUGGGCGGUAUGUGGAGGGAACUGGUUCAGUACUAAAGUGCAACAUGGAAACAGAGGUAGAGACUGUGUUUAGAGGUCUGGACCAGUACUCGGACGAGGAGAAACUCCAGAGGCUGUUGGAACUUAAGCUCCGUUAUUUUACUCCCAGAGAAGUUGCCAACCUCAUGGGUUUCCCUCCAAGCUUCUCCUUUCCCGACAAGAUCCCUACCAAGCAGCAGUACAAAGUUCUGGGAAACAGCCUCAAUGUUGUGGUGGUGGCAAGACUCCUACAGCUGCUGGUUUCUUAGCGCUUCGGACACGCUGGAGGAGAAAACCAUCUUAUUUAUCAUUGUAGAUUAUAUUGUGUUAUGUUUAGAAGUGUAUCAUCUGGAUUUUGUUGGGGAUGUAACAGUUGCCUACUUUCUUAGAUGUCACUUCAAACAGUGCAUGUCUUUUGGCAGAACUUGAAUAUGUUUUUUUUUUUAUGAGUACAUUUGUAGAAUUUCUAAUAAUCAAAAUAAAAACCUAAAAUGGAA